AUGUGUUUCAAGUUGCAUGACAAGUAUUAUUAUUACGAUUACUGGCAAUAUUAUUACAAGAACUACAUUGGGUCCGAGCGCUGGCACGUCGACAAUCCUGCCCUCUCCUGGAUGCAUUACAAAUUGCGUUACGAGCAUUAUUGUUACCGUUACCGGCGGUGUUGUAACCCAGAUAACCACUGGUCCGGUGCUCGGCACAUCGACCGUACCGCCGCCACCUGGAUGCACUACGAAUUGCAUUACGAGCAUUAUUGUUACCGUUACUGGCGGGGUUUCCACCCAGAUAACUACUGGGCCGGUACCUGGCACGUCGACCGUGCCGCCGCCAUCUGGAUGCACGACGAACUGACCGACGCCUGUCUUAUCGUUACUGUUACCGGAGGUGUUACGACUGUUUUUACACCCGGACCUGCGCCGGGCACAUCAACUCUCCCGCCGCCUGCCGGAUGCACUACUAAUUGCGUUACGAGUAUUAUUGUUACUGUUACUGGUGGUAAUAUAACCAAGAUAACUAAUGGUCCGGUGCCCGGCACGACAACCGUUCCACCACCACCCGGAUGCACGACAGACUGCAUUACUAGGGUUAUUAUUACCGUCACCGGCGGGUUUACAACCAUUACCACACCCGGACCCACGCCAGGAACGUCGACCGUCCCGCCGCCGCCCGGAUGCACUACAAACUGCGUUACGAGUAUUAUUGUUACCGUUCCUGGCGAAAUUGUUACCCAAACGACUCUAGGUCCUAUACCUGGGACGACGAUAGUUCCGCCACCCCCUGGGUGCGCUUCAAACUGCGUCACGAGCAUUAUUGUUACCAUUACUGGCGGUCUUACAACCAUAACUACGCCCGGACCGACGGCUGGCACAUUGAUUAUCAUCCCCACCACCGGGUGUACUACUGGAUGUACAACGACAGUAGUAAUCACAGUGCCUGGCGGCAUUACAACUGUUUUUACACCAGGGCCCACGCCGGGCACGACAACUGUCCCGCCGCCUCCGGGAUGUACUGCGAAUUGCAUUACGAGUCUUAUAGUUACAAUUACUGGUAGUAUUAUUACAGAAACAACUCUAGGGCCAUUGCCUGGUACGACAACAAUCCCGCCAGCCCCUGGGUGCGUUAUAAACUGCGUUACGAGCGUAAUUGUAACUCUUACCGGCGGUCUUACUACCGUGACUACACCCGGACCGUCCGCUGGCACGUCAACAGUUCUGCCGCCCCCUGGAUGCGUUACAAACUGCGUUACGAGCGUAAUUGUAACUAUUACCGGCGGUCUUACUACCGUGACUACACUUGGGCCGUCGGCUGGUACAUUAAUAGUCCCGCCGCCCCCUGCAUGCGUUACAAACUGCGUUACGAGCGUAAUUGUAACCAUUACCGGCGGUCUUACUACCGUAACUACACUUGGGCCGUCGGCUGGCACGUCAACAGUUCCGCCGCCCCCUGGAUGCGUUACAAACUGCAUUACGAGCGUUAUUGUUACAGUGCCUGGCGGUGCGACAACAGUUCUUACAGCCGGGCCUACACCAGGUACAUCGACUGUCCCGCCAACUCCCGGAUGCACUACGAAUUGCGUCACGAGUAUUAUCGUUACUAUUACUGGUAGUAUUAUUACGAAAACAACACUAGGGCCAUUGCCCGGUACGAGAACAAUCCCGCCGGCUCCUGGAUGUACUACAAAUUGCGUUACGAGUAUUAUAGUUACAAUUACUGGCAGUAUUAUUACAGAAACAACACUAGGGCCAUUGCCUGGCACGACAACAAUCCCGCCAGCCCCUGGGUGCGUUAUAAACUGCGUUACGAGCGUGAUUGUAACUAUUACCGGCGGUCUUACUACCGUGACUACACCCGGACCGUCGGCCGGCACGUCAACAGUUCCGCCGCCCCCUGGAUGCGUUACAAACUGCGUUACGAGCGUAAUUGUAACUAUUACCGGCGGUCUUACUACCGUAACUACACCCGGGCCGUCGGCUGGCACGUCAACAGUUCCGCCGCCCCCUGGAUGCGUUACAAACUGCAUUACGAGCGUUAUUGUUACAGUGCCUGGCGGUGCGACAACAGUUCUUACAGCCGGGCCUACACCAGGCACAUCGACUGUCCCGCCAACUCCUGGAUGCACUACGAAUUGCGUUACGAGUAUUAUCGUUACUAUUACUGGUAGUAUUAUUACAAAAACAACACUAGGGCCAUUGCCCGGUACGACAACAAUCCCGCCAGCCCCUGGGUGCGUUACAAACUGCGUUACGAGCGUGAUUGUAACUAUUACCGGCGGUCUUACUACCGUGAUAACACCCGGACCGUCGGCCGGCACGUCAACAGUUCCGCCGCCCCCUGGAUGCGUUACAAACUGCAUUACGAGCGUUAUUGUUACAGUGCCUGGCGGUGCGACAACAGUUCUUACAACCGGGCCUACACCAGGCACAUCGACUGUCCUACCAACUCCCGGAUGCACUACGAAUUGCGUUACAAGUAUUAUCGUUACUAAUACUGGUAGUAUUAUUACGAAAACAACGCUAGGGCCACUGCCCGGUACGAUAACAAUCCCGCCAGCUCCCGAAUGCACUACGAAUUGCGUUACGAGUAUUAUCGUCACUAUUACUGGUGGUAUUAUUACGAAAACAACGAUAGGGUCAUUACCCGGUACGACAACAAUCCCGCCAGCUCCUGGAUGCACUACGAAUUGCGUUACGAGUAUUAUGGUUACCAUUACUGGUGGUAUUAUUACCGAAACAAUGCUAGGGCCAUUGCCUGGCACGACAACAAUCCUGCCAGCCCCUGGGUGCGUUACAAACUGCGUUACGAGCGUAAUUGUAACUAUAACUGCCGGUCUUACUACCUUCACUACACCCGGGCCGUCGGCUGGCACGUCAACAGUCCCGCCCCCCCCUGGAUGCGUUACAAACUGCAUUACGAGCGUCAUCGUUACAGUGCCUGGCAGUGCAACAACAGUUCUUACAGCCGGGCCUACACCAGGCACAUCGACUGUCCCGCCAACUCCCGGAUGCACUACGAAUUGCGUUACAAGUAUUAUCGUCACGAUUACUGGUAGCAUUAUUACGGAAACAACGCUAGGGCCAUUGCCCGGUACGACAACAAUUCCGCCAGCUCCUGGAUGCACUACGAAUUGCGUUACGAGUAUUAUCGUUACUAUUACUGGUGAUAUUAUUACGAAAACAACGCUAGGGCCAUUGCCCGGUACGACAACAAUCCCGCCAGCUCCUGAAUGCACUACGAAUUGCGUUACGAGUAUUAUUGUUACCAUUACUGGUAGUGUUAUUACGAAAACAACGAUAGGAUCAUUGCCUGGCACGACAACAAUCCCGCCAGCCCCUGGGUGCGUUACAAACUGCGUUACGAGCGUAAUUGUAACUAUUACCGGCGGUCUUACUACCGUAACUACACUUGGGCCGUCGGCUGGCACAUCAAUAGUUCCGCCGCCCCCUGGAUGCGUGACAAACUGCGUUACGAGUAUUAUCGUUACUAUUACUGGUGGUAUUAUUACGAAAACAACGCUAGGGCCAUUGCCCGGUACGACAACAAUUCCGCCAGCUCCUGGAUGCACUACGAAUUGCGUUACGAGUAUUAUCGUUACUACUACUGGUGGUAUUAUUACGGAAACAACGCUAGGGCCAUUGCCUGGCACGACAACAAUCCCGCCAGCUCCUGAAUGCACUACGAAUUGCGUUACGAGUAUCAUCGUUACUAUUACUGGUGGUAUUAUUACGAAAACAACGAUAGGGUCAUUGCCCGGUACGACAACAAUUCCGCCAGCUCCUGGAUGCACUACGAAUUGCGUUACGAGUAUUAUGGUUACCAUUACUGGUAGUAUUAUUACGAAAACAACGAUAGGGUCAUUGCCUGGCACGACAACAAUCCCGCCAGCCCCUGGGUGCGCUACAAACUGCGUUACGAGCGUAAUUGUAACUAUUACCGGCGGUCUUACUACUGUUACUACACUUGGGCCGUCGGCUGGUACGUCAACAGUUCCGCCGCCCCCUGGAUGCGUUACAAACUGCGUUACGAGUAUUAUCGUUACUAUUACUGGUGGUAUUAUUACAAAAACAACGCUAGGGCCAUUGCCCGGUACGACAACAAUUCCGCCAGCUCCUGGAUGCACUACGAAUUGCGUUACGAGUAUUAUCAUUACUAUUACUGGUGGUAUUAUUACAAAAACAACGCUGGGGCCAUUGCCUGGCACGAUAACAACCCCGCCAGCUCCCGAAUGCACUACGAAUUGCGUUACGAGUAUUAUCGUCACUAUUACUGGUGGUAUUAUUACGAAAACAACGAUAGGGUCAUUGCCCGGUACGACAACAAUCCCGCCAGCUCCUGGAUGCACUACGAGUUGCGUUACGAGUAUUAUCAUUACUAUUACUGGUGGUAUUAUUACGAAAACAACGCUAGGGCCAUUGCCUGGCACGACAACAAUCCCGCCAGCUCCUGAAUGUACUACGAAUUGCGUUACGAGUAUUAUAGUUACUAUUACUGGUGGCAUUAUUACCGAAACAAUGCUAGGGCCAUUGCCUGGCACGACAACAAUCCUGCCAGCCCCUGGGUGCGUUACAAACUGCGUUACGAGCGUAAUUGUAACUAUUACCGGCGGUCUUACUACCGUAACUACACUUGGGCCGUCGGCUGGCACAUCAAUAGUCCCGCCGCCCCCUGGAUGCGUUACAAACUGCGUUACGAGCGUAAUUGUAACUAUUACCGGCGGUCUUACUACCGUAACUACACCCGGGCCGUUGGCUGGUACGUCAACAGUUCCGCCGCCCCCUGGAUGCGUUACAAACUGCGUUACGAGCGUAAUUGUAACUAUUACCGGCGGUCUUACUACCGUAACUACACCCGGGCCGUUGGCUGGUACGUCAACAGUUCCGCCGCCCCCUGGAUGCGUUACAAACUGCGUUACGAGCGUAAUUGUAACUAUUACCGGCGGUCUUACUACCGUAACUACACCCGGGCCGUUGGCUGGUACGUCAACAGUUCCGCCGCCCCCUGGAUGCGUUACAAACUGCAUUACGAGCGUUAUUGUUACAGUGCCUGGCGGUGCGACAACAGUUCUUACAGCCGGGCCUACACCAGGCACAUCGACUGUCCUGCCAACUCCCGGAUGCACUACGAAUUGCGUUACGAGUAUUAUCGUUACUAUUACUGGUAGUAUUAUUACGAAAACAACGCUAGGGCCACUGCCCGGUACGACAACAAUCCCGCCAGCUCCUGGAUGCACUACGAAUUGCGUUACGAGCGUUAUUGUUACUAUCACCGGCGGUCUCACAACCGUAACUACACCCGGACCGCUCGCUGGCACAUCAACGGUCCUGCCACCCCCUGGAUGCGUUACAAACUGCGUUACGAGUAUUAUGGUUACGACUCCGUUCUCGGACAUCCUCGUAAUCGGGACGGUCACAGGCCCAGUUCCCGGCACCAAAACGAUUCCACCACCAGCCGACUGCACCCACCCCUGCACGAUCAGUAUUGUCAUUACUGUCACGUCGACGCAACCUCCGAAUACGGUCGUCACUACAACUAUUACCGGGGGGACAGUGGCCGGUACGAGUUCCAUUACGCCGCCGGCGGAUUGCACGCGCCCUUGCACGACAACCGUCGUUGUUACGCAGCCUGCCCAUGCCGUCGUUACUUCGACGUUCACCGGGGGUACGGUACCCGGAACGUCGACUAUCACGCCACCGGUAGAUUGCACACACCCUUGCACAAUAAGUAUUAUUAUUACGCAGCCCGUAGAUGCAGUCGUAACAACAACAGUUACUAGCGGAACGGUGCCCGGAACGUUGACUAUUACACCGCCAGUAGAUUGCACCCACCCCUGCACUACGACCGUUAUAGUAAUGCAGCCUCCCGAUAUUGUUGAAACGACGACAAUUACUACCGGCACUGUUCCCGGAACAUCGACGAUCUCGCCACCGGCCGACUGCACACACCCCUGCACUACGAGCGUAAUCGUAACGCUACCUCCUGAUGUAGCCGUAACUACUACUGUAACUUCUGGAACUGUUCCCGGAACAUCAACCAUCCUGCCACCUACCGACUGUAUACACCCCUGCACUACGAGCGUUGUAGUAAUGCAGCCUCCCGAUAUUGUCGAAACGACGACAAUCACUGCCGGUACCGUUCCCGGAACAUCGACGAUCUCGCCACCGGCCGACUGCACGCACCCCUGCACUACGAGCAUCAUCGUAACCCAACCGCCCGAUGUAGCCGUAACUACUACUAUAACUUCUGGGACUGUUCCCGGAACAUCAACCAUCCUACCACCCAUCGACUGUACACACCCCUGCACCACGAGCGUUGUAGUAAUGCAGCCUCCCGAUAUUGUCGAAACGACGACAAUAACUACCGGCACCGUUCCCGGAACAUCGACGAUCCUCCCGUCCGCUGACUGCACGCACCCCUGUACUACGACCGUUAUCGUAACCCAGCCGCCCGAUAUCGUCAUAACAACAACAGUUACUACCGGCACCGUUCCCGGAACAUUAACGAUCCCGCCGUCCGCCGGCUGUAUCCACCCCUGCACUACGAGAGUAGUCGUAACCCUGCCUCCUAACACAGUCGUAACUAUAACGGUAACUUCUGGGACUGUUGCUAGGACUACCACCGUUUCUCCGGCUUCUGACUGUACGCACCCCUGUACGACAAGUGUUAUCGUUUCACAACCCCAGGACACCGACGUCACUACGACUGUUUAUGGGACUAAGGUAGGGACUACUACUAUUCCCCCGGCCGCUGGUUGUACGCAUCCUUGCACUACGAGCAUUAUUGUUACUUCGUCUGUAUCACCUGCGCCUUGCCAAUUCACAACCGCUACCGCACCUGCGUGUGCACCGUUGGGACUUAAUGUAGACUACUAUAGGAACACCUUUGUCCAUGGAUAUGGCUGUAAUAACGGGGACCCCGCUCCCCCUUGUUACGAUGGACCAAAUUAUUACAUCACCAAAGGUCUUACGCCUCUUGCCUCCGGUCAAACAGAUACUAUAUUUAUCCCCCAAGAUGGCUAUAUUGGCCAGGGAAGCGCCGCCUGCGUUAAAGGGGUAGACUCGUUAUAUUAUGGCGCCGAUUACUGCCCUGGGUAUGUCCGGACCGUAAAUGGAAACAUUAUUGUAAACGGCAACAACUAUACCUUGGUCUACCGGGGGUAUUAUCGAGCGCCGACUACUGGACAAUAUUCCAUCUGUGCAAGCGGCGAUGCCGGACUCGCCGUCUUUUUCGGCGAUGGGAAUGGCGUUAACUGCGGCCCCAAUAGCGUCAUCUCCAAUACUUCGAUGCCACUAAUAGUUUCGGUAAACGGUGCAAACUUUGUUAACCCCGUUUCGUGUUCCACUGUUCGUUUGUUUGCAAACCAGUAUUAUCCUAUCCGGGUUGUCUUCGGCAACAAUUUUCAUCAGAGCAGUGUUAGCGUUACUAUUACAAGACCAGGCGGCCAGCCGAUGAACUCCAACCCUGGACUUUAUUAUCCUGUUGUUUGCGGAUCGUAA